GCCAUGUCGCAAGGGAUCCUUUCUCCGCCGACGGGCUUACUGUCAGAUGAGGAUGUGGGUGUUUCCCCCGUGUUUGAGUCCACAGCUGCGGACUUGGGGUCCGUUGUUCGCAAGGCACUGCUAUCAGACUGCUCCAUCAUCUCCACUUCUCUCGAGGACAAGCAGCAGGUUCCGUCGGAAGACAGUACAGAGAAGGUCAAAGUUUACCUGAGGGUCAGGCCCUUGUUACCUUCCGAGUUGGAGCAACAAGAAGAUCAGGGUUGUGUUCGUAUCGAGGAUGUGGAGACCCUUGUUCUACAAGCCCCCAAGGACUCCUUUGCCCUGAAGAGCAAUGAGCGGGGAAUUGGCCCAGCCACACACAGGUUCACUUUUUCCCAGAUCUUUGGACCAGAAGUUGGACAGGCAUCCUUCUUCAACCUGACUGUAAAGGAGAUGGUAAAGGAUGUACUCAGAGGGCAGAACUGGCUCAUCUAUACUUACGGAGUCACCAACUCAGGAAAAACACACACGAUUCAAGGUACCAUCAAGGAUGGAGGAAUCCUGCCCCGAUCAUUGGCUCUGAUCUUCAGUAGCCUCCAAGGCCAACUUCAUCCCACGCCUGACCUGAAGCCCUUGCUCUCUCAUGAAGUCAUCUGGCUAGACAACAAGCAGAUCCGACAGGAAGAAAUUAAGAAGCUGUCAUUGAUAAAUGGAGGUCCCCUAGAGGAGGAGCUGUCCACCUCCUUAAAGAGGAGUGUCCACCCUGAAAGUCAGAUGGGUACCAGCAUCAGCUUGGACAGUGGCAUUGCUGGACUUUCUUCUACCAGUCAGCUUACCAGCAGUAGCCAAUUAGAUGAAACGAGUCACCGAUGGGCACAGCGAGACACUGCCCCUGUAAGUGUUCCAGCAGACAUUCGCUUCUCCAUAUGGGUCUCCUUUUUUGAGAUCUACAACGAAUUGCUCUAUGAUCUGUUAGAGCCACCUAACCAGCAGCGCAAAAGGCAGACUCUGCGGCUAUGUGAAGAUCAGAAUGGAAAUCCAUAUGUGAAAGAUCUUAAUUGGAUUCAUGUUCAAAAUGCCGAGGAGGCCUGGAAACUCCUGAAGGUGGGUCGUAAGAACCAGAGCUUUGCCAGCACCCACCUGAACCAGAACUCCAGCCGCAGUCAUAGCAUCUUCUCAAUCCGGAUCCUGCACCUUCAAGGGGAAGGAGAUAUAAUCCCCAAGAUCAGCGAGUUGUCUCUCUGUGACCUGGCUGGGUCAGAGCGCUGCAAAGAUCAGAAGAGUGGUGAAAGGCUCAAGGAAGCUGGAAAUAUUAACACUUCUCUGCAUACUCUGGGCCGCUGUAUUGCUGCUCUGCGCCAAAACCAGCAGAACCGAUCAAAGCAGAACCUGGUUCCCUUCCGAGACAGCAAAUUGACCCGAGUAUUCCAAGGCUUCUUCACUGGCCGAGGCCGUUCCUGCAUGAUUGUCAAUGUGAAUCCCUGUGCAUCUGCUUACGAUGAGACUCUUCAUGUAGCCAAGUUCUCAGCCAUUGCCACCCAGCUUGUACAUGUCCCACCUGUACAACUGGGACUCUCAUCCCUACAUUCGCUCAUCAAGGAACACAGUCUUCAAGCAUCCAGCUUGGACAGAGGGGCUAAGGCAGGCCCAAGGCUUGAUGACGCCAUUGGAGAUGAAGCUGACAUCUCCGUGUAUGGCAAGGAGGAGCUCCUUCAGGUAGUAGAAGCCAUGAAAGCACUGCUUUUGAAAGAAAGACAGGAAAAGCGGCAACUGGAGAUGGAGCUCCGUGAUGAAAUCUGCAAUGAGAUGGUGGAGCAGAUGCGACAGCGAGAACAGUGGUGCAGUGAACAUUUGGACACCCAAAAGGAACUACUGGAGGAAAUGUAUGAAGAAAAAUUAAAGAUUCUCAAGGAGUCACUGACAAGUUUUUACCAAGAAGAGAUUCAAGAGCGGGAUGAAAAGAUUGAAGAGCUAGAAGCUCUCUUGCAGGAGGCCAGACAGCAACCAGUGGCCAAUCUACAAUCAGAGUCUGAACUGUCCCUUCGGCGGUCACAAAGGUUGGCAGCUUCUGCCUCCACCCAGCAGCUGCAGGAGGUUAAAGCUAAACUAGAACAGUGCAAGACAGAGUUAAACUCCACCACAGAAGAAUUACAGAAGUAUCAGAAAAUGUUAGAACCGCCACCUUCUGCCAAGCCCUUCAUCAUUGAUGUGGAGAAGAAGUUAGAGGAGGGUCAGAAGAAUAUAAGAUUGCUGCGGACAGAGCUUCAGAAACUCGGUGAAUCUCUCCAGUCAGCAGAGCGAGCCUGCUGUCACAGCACUGGGGCAGGAAAACUCCGCCAAGCCUUCACCACUUGUGAUGACAUCUUAAUCAAACAGGACCAGACCUUAGCUGAGCUGCAAAAUAACAUGAUGCUAGUCAAACUGGACCUACGGAAGAAGGCAUCCUGCAUUGCUGAGCAGUAUCACACUGUGCUGAAACUCCAAGGCCAGGCUUCUUCUGCUAAAAAACGUUUUGGUGCCAACCAGGAAAACCAGCAGCCAAACCAGCAACCCCCAGGAAAGAAACCAUUCCUUCGAAACCUACUUCCUCGGACACCCACCUGCCAAAGCUCUACAGACUGCAGUCCUUAUGCGCGGAUCUUGCGUUCACGGUGCUCCCCACUACUAAAAUCGGGACCUUUUGGCAAAAAAUAUUAAGGCCAUGAGAAGGAGAGCUUGUUUAUCGCUCUUGGGUGAUUCAGCUGCUCAGCUUAACAGGUCUCUUAAGCUUUACCUUAUACUUGGAACUCUACGCAGAAUGUAAUACUCAGAUACUAGUUGUCUUCCCCAUUUUGUAUUAUAAUCACCUAUGCAAUCUCAUAUUUUUUCACUCACAUGGUUUCUAUGCACACAAAACAAUAUAUAAAAUAAAGAUAUUAUUCAUAUUUUUAUUUGAA